CCGCUCCCUCACUAUAUAUAGUAACACUCUCACUCACUGACCUUUGAUUUUUCCGUUUCAUUCUCUUCUUCUUCUUCUUCUUCUUCUUCUCUCAUAUCUCACAAACCCUAACCAGUAACCAUUACUCUUCUCCGUACUCCAUAGGAUCUAAGCAAUGGAAUCACUACCACCACCACCAGACACCAUUCCUCACAAUGUUACUCCUCUGACAGUUGAACCAAUGAAAAAUCUAACAACACGUUUGCCUCUGGCAAGGAGAGGCCUAGGAACCAAGGGGCAGAAAGUGACCCUUUUAGCUAACCAUUUUAAGGUUGGAGUGAGCAAGACUGAAGGCCACUUCUACCAUUACAGUGUUGCUAUGUCUUAUGAGGAUGGUCACCCUGUUGAAGUUAAAGGUAUUGGGAGAAAGGUGAUAGAUAAGCUCUCUGAAACUUAUGGGGUUUUACAGAGUUUUGCAUAUGAUGGUGAGAAAAGCUUGUUCACUGUUGGUUCUUUACCACACAACAAGCAGGAAUUUGUUGUUGUGUUGGAGGAAUUUUCAGCUAAGAGGGUUGGAAGGAAUGGAAGCCCUAAUAGCUUUGAUGAUGGAGACAGCAAGAGAAUGAAGCGUCAAACUCGGUCCAAAACUAUUAAGGUGGACAUAAAUUAUGCAGCAAAAAUCCCAAUUCAAGCAAUAGCAAAUGCAUUGCGUGGUCAGGAUUCUGAGCACUUUCAAGAAGCAGUGAGGGUUUUGGACAUUAUACUGAGGCAGCAUGCUGCAAGACAGGGAUGUCUCCUUGUUAGACAGUCCUUCUUUCAUGACAGCCCCCGGAAUUUUACUGACAUUGGAGGUGGUGUUCAAGGUUGCCGUGGCUUCCAUUCCAGCUUCCGAGCCACACAAGGGGGUUUAUCUCUGAAUGUUGAUGUUUCAACUACCAUGGUUGUAAAGCCUGGCCCUGUUAUUGACUUCCUCUGCCUGAAUCAAAAUGUUCAAAACCCAAACUUGAUUGAUUGGUUAAAGGCUAAAAGGAUGCUCAAGAACCUGAGAGUGAAGGCAAAUAAUAUGGAGUAUAAAAUCAUUGGACUGAGUGAAAAGCCCUGCAGGACACAAACAUUUUCAUUAAGACAUGGAAAGGAUGCGAAUGGUGAAGUGCAGUCAAGUGAAAUCACAGUUUAUGACUACUUUAAACACAACAAAAAGAUUGAACUGCGGUAUUCUGCUGAUAUGCCAUGCAUCAAUGUUGGGAAACCCAAGCGUCCAUCUUACUUUCCUGUAGAGCUAUGCUCGUUGGUCUCAUUGCAGCGGUACACCAAGGCACUGACAAAUUUACAAAGGGCUCAGCUAGUGGAGAAGUCAAGGCAAAAGCCCCAAGAAAGGAAAGCGUCUUUGCAAGAUUCUUUAAGAACCAGCAAAUAUGGUAAUGAGCCUAUGCUUCACUCUUCUGGCAUUACCAUUGAACCUAACUUUAUUCAAGUUGAAGCCCGUGUUCUGCAAGCUCCAAGGCUUACAGUUGGAGGUGGACUGAUCUUUUGUCCCAGGAAUGGGCGCUGGAAUUUCAAUGACAAGAAACUAGUUAGACCUGUGACGCUCGAGCGUUGGGCCAUUGUAAACUUCUCAGCUCGCUGUGACACACAACACCUGUGCAAUGUCAUCAAGACUUGUGCUCAAAGGAAAGGGAUGAACUUGCGUCCACCCUUCAGGGUAUUUGAAGAGGAUAGAUGUAAUACGCGUGAGCCACCAGUUGUCAGGGUUGAGAGAUUGUAUGAACAUGUAAAGGCCAACCUGCCUGGGCCCCCUCAGCUUCUGUUAUGUAUUCUUCCAGAGAGGAAGAAUUCUGAGCUUUAUGGUCCUUGGAAAAAGAAAAACCUUGCUAAUGAAGGGGUUGCAACCCAGUGUAUUGCACCUACAAGAAUUAAUGAUCAGUACAUUACAAAUGUACUCUUGAAGAUUAAUGCAAAGCUUGGUGGGAUGAACUCCUUCCUAACAGUUGAGGACGCACGUUCAAUACCCUUAGUCUCUCAGAAACCUACCUUGAUUCUUGGGAUGGACGUUUCACAUGGGUCUCCUGGUCGUUCUGAUGUGCCAUCUAUUGCAGCCGUUGUGAGCUCCAGAUGCUGGCCUGAAAUUUCUCGAUAUAGAGCUUCUGUUCGUACUCAGUCAUCUAAAGUUGAGAUGAUUUCAUCUUUGUUCAAGCCUGUUUCUGAUACUGAGGAUGAUGGUAUCAUGAGGGAGCUGAUUAUGGACUUCCACAGUUCUUCAGGAAUGAAGCCUCAACAAAUUAUAAUUUUUAGGGAUGGAGUGAGUGAAUCGCAGUUCAACCAGGUCCUGAACAAUGAACUGGGUGAAAUUAUUAAGGCAUGUAAUCAUCUGGACGAGAAAUGGGAUCCCAAAUUCACUCUGAUUAUUGCACAGAAGAAUCAUCACACUAGGUUCUUCCAUGCUAACAACGCUCCAGACAAUGUUCAACCUGGAACUGUCAUUGACAACAAUAUAUGUCAUCCAAAGAACAAUGACUUUUAUAUGUGUGCUCAUGCUGGGGCGAUUGGGACAAGUCGGCCAACUCAUUAUCAUGUAUUACAUGAUGAAAUUGGAUUUACAGCAGAUGAUUUGCAAGAACUUGUACACUCACUAUCUUAUGUGUAUCAAAGGAGCACAACUGCCAUAUCUGUUGUUGCCCCCAUAUGCUAUGCACACCUGGCAGCGGCUCAGAUGGGACAAUUCAUGAAGUUUGAUGAGUUCUCUGAGACUUCUUCCAGCCAUGGAAGUCUUACAUCUGCUGGUCCAAUUCCUGUCCCCCAACUACCCAGGCUUCACAAAGCUGUGGCCAAUUCUAUGUUCUUCUGUUAGCAUCUUGACAGUAUUUGAUCUUUUUUAACUCCUUGGAACAAUUUCUUUGCAUUCCACUAUUUCAGUAUCUUGUUCAAUACCUGCGCGUCAUUUACACAUGUGUAUUGUGAUAUGCUAUCGAGAUAUGAAAUCUGAAAUAUCAGAAAAGUGAACUGGCAAUAACAUUGUUUUUGAAGAUGAUGAUAAUGAAAAAUGGUAAUCUA